UGCUGGACAAGAUUAUAUAUUAUCAGCAAGAAAGUAUGUAUUCUUAUCAAGGAGUUUCGGUCUUUAAAUCUAAAUUAGUUAUGGGAAGUUUAAUAAAAAUUAAAAAUUUUCAAGCCAUUUUAAAUAAAUAAGAAAAGCAUGGAGGGCACAGCUAGUUAUAAUUAUGAUGAAAUGGAAUUAGAUGAAUUAAUGUUGUCUCCUCCUGCAUUAAUUCGAUAAAAUGCAUUCAUUGAAGAUGAAAAUGAGACUCCAUAAUUCAUACUUUAAACUUAAGUUGAAUAUACUUAUAAGGAGGAGUAAUGUCCCAUUUGUUUUUGUCCUCUAAAUGAAGAGAAUACUGUAAAAUUACUUUGUGGUCAUGUCUUAUGUUAAGAUGAUUUAAAUUAAAUAAUAGAAUCUUAAAAUUCAGAGAUCCUAAAAUGCCAUAUCUGCAGAACUCUUUAGAUUGUAAAUUUAUCUUGUAUAUGUGUAAAAUGA